CCGGUGCCCGGGGCGGUGCCGGUGCCCGGGCCAUGGCGGGGCUGCCCGGUGCCCGGAGCGGCUCCCCGGGCUCCACCGCCCUGGAUGGCGCCUUUCCCUGUUCGCCUCUCGGAGGGCUGAUGGUCGCCCAGGUGGUCCUCGGCUUACUGGUGUGGACGCUCAUCGCCGUCACAACGUAUUACCUCAACCCAGCAUACAGCUGGGUGAUGUUUGUGUCCAUCUCCUUAUGGAUACUAACGAUCCUUUUCUUCGUGACUUACCUCUUCCAGCUUCAGUUGAAAUUCUACACGAUCCCCUGGCCCCUCGUGCUGAUGAUCUUCAAUGCUGUGGCAACCAUUCUGUACAUCAGCGCCUUCGUAACUUGUGCGGCUGCCGUUCAGCCUACAUCCUGGCGGCAAUGGGAUUACAACCGGAGAGCUGCGGCAUCUUUCUUUGCUGGUGUCGUGAUGAUCACCUAUGGAGUGAGCACCUUCUUCAGCUUCCGAGCCUGGAAAGGCCUUGGCAGCAAUGCAGCCACCAGCCAAGUGACUGACCAUGUGUAAGAAACAGACAGCAAAAGCCCAGCCAUGGGCCACUGUGGGUUGGCUCACACUGGGCCUGGUGGCUUGGAGCCCUCAUGAGCCACCAGGUCUUGUUCUUGGACCAGCCUGUGCUGGCAGUGCCGGUCAGUACUGGCUUGUGUGGACACUGCUCUGUGGUCUCUGAUGAUGCUUCCAGCAGAUGUGCCCGCAGCACAAACCACUGGCACCAUCACCAACAGCCUUGCUGGGAGGGUACGGACUCGCUGGAAGCUGAAGCUCCUGCUCAUCCUUGGGUUCCAUCCAGAUCCUCACUAGAGCGGCUCCACUGAGGAGUCUCAGCUGAAUUGGCACACUCCGAUACUAAAAUCCACUAAACCAAGCCCAGGCUCCUGCCUCUGGUCAUUCACAGCUACAGUGUAAUUGCUAUUAACUUGAUACAUAAAUGGUGGCAGGGCUGGAGGAUGAAGGCUAAGCAAAAGUCUAAAGUGUUCUUGUAUUUAUUUCUAACAAUUGGAAGCACAAAUUUUAUGCUUGAAAUAAAAACCUUUCUAAAUCCAGCACUGGAGUCUGUCAAGAAAAAGUUUGUCUUGCAAGCAGAUAGCAGGUAGAGCCACAGCAGAGGUGGCACAGGCAGAGGAACUGCCCCUUCCUACUGCCUAUGGGCAUUACAGCCCUGCCCUGAGGGAAAAGGAGCAAGAAUUCAGGGUUCACCUUGCUUUGCUUUACAUAUGUGCAAACACACAUGCAGACAGAGUGUGCAUCCUAGACCACAAAAGCACAAAGACGUGCCAAGGCUCUGAUGUGCUCCCUCCUUUAGGCUCAGCACUAAACACACCACCAAAUUAACAGCCCACCUAUUUGCCAGCAAGUCAACUUUGCCCACUAGCCACAAAUGGUCUUCAAAUUUAAAACUACAUCUGCAAAUGCUCUGGCAACACACACAGGAUCAGCGCUGCAGGGGAACGCAGAACCACGCCGCUCCCCCACGCUACAGAUGACAAACUCAGCUUUUGUU